AUGGGUCCCGGUCUCCUGGGCGGGUCUAAGGACCUGGUUCGACCUGGUUCCUCGCCAGGACACAUUCUCGGAUUUGCUCAUGAGCUCAGCGUCUCUUGUACGGCAAUGGAUACGAUGCACUCGACACGACGCCUCGAGACCUCGACGCCAUGA